AUGGCGACCACGACAAAGUUCCUCAACAAACUUCAGGACAAGCGCGUCCUCAUCAUCGGGGGUUCAAGCGGGAUCGGCUACGGCGUGGCCGAAGGGUGUCUCGAGUUCGGCGCUGAGGUUGUCAUCGCAUCGCGCUCGCGGUCCAAGGUCGAGAGCGCGGUCAGCAGCCUCCGGGCGACGUACCCUCAGCACGCGGCCAAGGUCCGGGGGCACGCGAUCACGCUGGACGCCUCCCCGGGGGUCGACGUCGAACGGGACCUCGUGGCGUUGUUCGAGUUCGCGACGGAAGGUGGCACGCACCCGCUCGACCACGUCGUCGAGACGGCGGGCGACCUGUCGCUCAUGGGCAAGGUGACCCUGGCCACGGCCACACCCGAGACGCUGGCCAAGCUGGCGAGCGUGAGGCAGUUCGGCGUCGGCAUGCUCGCCAAGGUCGCGGCGCGGUACGUCGCCAAGUCGGCGCACAGCAGCUUCACCAUGACCUCGGGCGUGUUGAUCCAGCGGCCGCGCAGGGGCAUGGCCUUCACCGCCGCCGUGGGCGCGGCCAAGGAGGGCCUCACCAGGGGACUGGCUGUCGACAUGGCCCCCGUCAGGGUCAACACCGUCAGCCCCGGCGCCGUCGAGACGGACCUCCUGUUCGCCCAGGUGGCCCCCGACGCCGGCGAGGAGGCGAAGGAUCAAGUGAGAAAGACGUACGCCGCCAUGACCCUCGUGGGGAGAACCGCCCUGCCCGGCGAUCUCGCCGAGACCUAUCUGGCCCUCAUGAGAAGUGGCUUCCAGACCGGCACCCUGGUUCAGGUCGAGGGUGGGUACCUGUUGAUGUAG